AACAGGCGACUGUGAAUAAACAGGAGUGGGUCGGGACUAAUUCUUCAGGUGACCUCUUUGGAUAGCGCCCUCCAGGGGAAGGAACCAGCGAGCACAAGGAAGAAACAAAGUGGAGCCAUGGGGAACACUACAAGUGAAAGGAUGUCAGGUGAGCGCCACAGUUCCAAGAUUCACCGCUCAGAGGGAGCCGUCCACCAUGCCAAAGAUCAUUCACACAAGAUCAUGGUUGGCAGCACUGAUGACCCCAACAUCUUCAGCACCCAUGAAUCUAAGCUUCUUGGAGAAAAAGAGUUUGUAUCGUGGCACCAUGACUUGGAUGAGUCAGUUAAACCAUCCCAGCAGGCUCGUCCCACAGUCAUCCGCUGGACAGAUGGAGGCAAAGAAGUUUUCAUCUCAGGCUCUUUCAACAAUUGGAGCACUAAGAUUCCUCUCAUUAAGAGCAAUAAUGACUUUGUUGCUAUUCUGGAUCUUCCUGAAGGUGAACACCAGUACAAGUUUUUUGUGGAUGGCCAGUGGGUUCAUGAUCCCUCUGAGCCUGUAGUGACCAGUCAGAUGGGAACAAUAAACAAUUUGCUUCAUGUCAAAAAAUCGGAUUUUGAAGUGUUUGAUGCUUUAAAAGUUGACUCCCUUGAAAGUUCAGAGACUUCCUAUCGAGAACUUUCUGGUUCCCCUCCUGGAAUUUAUGGCCAAGAUAUGUAUGUAUAUCGGCCUGAAGAGCGAUUUAAAUCUCCACCAAUUCUUCCUCCACAUCUUCUUCAAGUCAUCCUUAACAAGGAUACUAAUAUUUCCUGUGACCCUGCCCUCUUACCAGAGCCAAACCAUGUGAUGCUAAACCACCUCUAUGCACUCUCCAUUAAGGAUGGUGUCAUGGUGCUUAGUGCCACUCAUCGCUACAAGAAGAAGUAUGUCACCACUCUUCUUUAUAAGCCUAUUGGAGUCUGAUUCCUACAUAUUUCCAUAGAGACUCAAGGACUCUUGCUUUUUCUGCAUAUGCCAGAAUACCAGUGGGCAUGAGGAUGGGUAGUCAGCUUCCAGAUUAUUUUAUCAGACACAAAGGUUUGGAUGACUCAGCCCCUAUUCUGUUUUUUCAGCACAAUGAAGCUCUUCAUUCCUAUAUGGCUAUUCAGGACAAACAACUUGAUACUGUUUCAGGCUACUGAGAUCAAGUUUUGGGUGCAUUAUUAUUAUAUUUUAUAUAUUACAAAUUGUGAGGUUGGCUUCUUCCUGAAACAAGAAAACUUGCCUUGCAAUCUUCCCUUCCAUAUUCAAAAAGAAAGUCCAGUGCCACCCUCUUUUCAAAUCAUAUGGCCAUUGUAUACAAGUCAUGGUGGCAUGGUGGAGGCUGUAUGAAGCCUCCAAAUACAAAGACCAUGUAUCUUUAAAUAUGGAACAGCUCUUGUUCUCAAGUAUUGAAAGUUUCUUCUAGUAGAAAAUGAGAUGGUAAUUAGACAAAUUUUGGCCUAGUAAAGUAGAAUUGCUAUUAUGUUUUCAGUUUCUACUGUUGUAAAGCUUUUUUCUCAUGUGGGUGACUUGGUUCUCAAGAGAAUGGCAAUGGUAGCUACACUAAUAAAAACAAUGUAAUAAUGGUAUAUUGGAAUAUCUACAAGAAAUACCAUUUACCUGCAAGCAAGUAUUGCUGGGGCCACAAAAUAGACAAAAUAAUAGAAAAUUAAGAAGCUAAAGUGUUCUGGGACUUUAGAAUUCAAACAGACAAGCACCUGCCAGAUAACAUACUAGGCUUAACAGUUAUUGAUAAGAAACUCAAAAAUGUCUGGAUAGUGAAAAUUGCAAUACCUGAAGACAGCAGAAUAGAAGACAAAAAAUUGGAGAAAAUCACAAUAUACAAAGACCUGCAAACAGAAGUAGAACAACUGGCAAGAGAAAGCAAAGUUACUACCCAUAGUAAUAGGUACCAUGGGCACAUUCUCAAUACAUCUGAAGCACCAUUUGAACACCGUUGACUUUGACAGAAUCACCAUUAGUCACAAUUAUAGCAAAAUAUAUCUGUACUUGGAACAGCUUACAUGCUGCAAUACCUUUAACCACCAUGAAACAAUCAUAUCUGCCUAUUCCAUGUCCUUGGAAAGAACUUGAUAGGUGGAGAAAAUUACCAAAUCCAGUAAAAAUGUCUGACUGUACAACCAACCAUCAUCAUAAUAGUAAUGGAUGAUGUAUCCAUUCCCUAAUCCUAACAUUAUAAAUGAACUUUUGCACCAUCCUCCAAAGAAUCCAACAGUAAGACUAAGGUACCUUUGGAACUCAGUCUCUGAGGAUGCCGUUCUUGGAGUACCCUUUUCUUUGAGAAUAGCAUUUGUGGCUAAGGUCUAGUAUCUAUGCAUAUAUACUCCAUAUAAAUAGC